UGAGUAAUUAUUCAUCUUCGUUAGAACGAUAAGCGUUAAAUUCUUAUUUCAAUCUUUCUAGAUAGCAGGACCUUCCGUUCGAAAACUGAGAUAAGACUGAAAUUUAAAAUCUGUGUGACAAACAAAUUUUGAUUAUCACACUUUUCUCUUUGUCUCGACAGUUUAUUAUCUUAGCUGUCAAGAUACUCUUUAUUCUGACUAUAUGAUUAUGAAAUUUUCUGUGUUUUAAAAAACCUAGAGUCUAAGACCGAGUAAUCGUGCAGCUUCAAAACCAGUCGCCACUAACAGUAUCACAGUCCGGUAUCGCAGUUAUAAAGUUACUCGCUUUGUUUGCUUUGUGUUACGGAGUUUGCUCCGCACAACGUACGGUCUACACGUGAGUUUGCAGCGCAUUCAAGUUUAAUUCUAGAAGAAACUGUGCUCAAAAUACAAAUAUCCAUUUCAUCUUUUGUAUUAAUGUGAUAAAAACUACAUCAUCAUCAUGUAAUAAAAACUACAACUUAUUGUGAUAAGUUUGUUGCCGUCUUCGGGUUUCUUCGCUUUUUUCGCUACAUAUUCAACUGUAGAGGUCAAGCUGAAAUGACACAUCUCGCGUAUAUAAAUCUAAUUGAGAAGUGGAAUCUCUCAUUUAGUACGCAGCACUAUUCACGUAACAUCAUGUGGUUGUAUUUGAUUUUUCUCUCAAUCAUUGGAACCACCACAGCUGAUCACAAUCAUGCCUGGGAAGCUGGAAACGAAUAUCACUAUCUUAUAGAAAGUCGGACAUUUACAGUUUUAGACCAGUUAGCUCAACAAUUCUCUGGAAUUGUGAUAAAGGGCGGUCUUACUGUCCAAGUAAAAUCGCCGGAUACGCUGCAGGCUGUAAUUUCCAAAACGCAGUAUGCUUCCGCGCACAAAGUAUUGCCGGAAGGUUGGAACAGUGAGAUCACCGAUCUCAAGUUUGAUGAGCUUUCCAUGUCUGAAAAGUCCUUCGAAAUCAAACUCAAGCAUGGAGUGAUUCGGGAUGUGUUAGUCGAUCAGGAUGUAUCUACUUGGGAGGUGAAUUUGAUAAAAAGCAUCGUAAGUCAACUGCAGAUUGAUUUACAAGGCGAGAAUGCAAUAGCGAGUAAAAACAAUCAGAUACCGAACGACAGUCAGCCUUACGGUGUAUAUAAAACCAUGGAGGACUCCGUUGGCGGCAAAUGCGAAGUUCUUUACAGUAUUACGCUAAUUCCCGAAGAUUUUGACUCGAUACUUUUUCCAAAUCUCCACAAAGAUGGUUAUAAUUUCUACGUUACAAAAACGAAGAAUUAUAACAAAUGCGAUCAGCGAAUGGCUUACUACUCUGGUAUUACCAGCAAAAUGAAUUGGAAACCGGGAUCUAACAAUGAAUUUCUUUCGAGAUCAUCUACAAGUUCAAUGCACCUUUCGGGUCAUGUAAAACAAUUUACUAUUCAUUCGUCUACAACAACUAGCGAGAUCAUAGUCAAAUCUAAACUUCACGAUACAUACUCUGGCGCUGUGUACAGUAACGUGAGCUUAACUUUGGACAGAAUCAAUCACAUUUCCAACCCUAUAUCUGCAGCUAACAAUCUCGUGUCAACCGGAAACUUAGUAUACAUUUACAAUAAUCCGCACUCUAAUCAGCGUAAACCGCGUCGUCCGAGUGUCAGUCAAAGUUCCUUAGAGGUUCGAUUAUCCGAAAGCUACAGUUCUAAUAGUUCCAGAGAGAAAGAUAGUAACGACGACGAUGGCAGUAACUUUUCAAAUAAAUCCAGCUUCAAUAGCGAGGAAAAUGAAUACUUGCAACCAAAACCAACAUUGGAAGAUGCUCCGGAGAGUCCGCUUUUACCCUAUUUUAUUGGCUAUAAAGGCAAUAAUAUUAAAAAAUCAGAGAUAGAUUAUGCUUCGAUAGUGGCUCGUCUGAUCGGUCAAAUAACCGGAGAUCUCGAAUAUGCUCCCGAAAAUGUUUUGAAUGCACCAAUACCAGACACCUCAGAACCAUGUAUAAUUCUAAUUCAAUUAAUCCGCACCAUGAAUGUUAAACAGAUCGUUGAGAUCGAAAACAAACUGCCCGAAUUGUUUAGACAGGACAAACGAAACAGAUUUUUUAAUAAAAAGCAUAGGGAAUUAUAUGAUCAAACUGCAUGGGAUGUCUUCAGCAAUGCCGUUGCGAAUGCAGGAACUGGUCCCGCUCUUAUCAGCAUCAAAAAUUGGAUAAAAAAUGGAAAACUCGAGGGUUCACGUGUGUCACAUAUUAUUUCGAAAAUUGCCAAAUCUGCUCUCACUCCAACGGAGGAAUAUGUCAAAGCGUUCUUCGAAUUAAUUACUGAUGAACAACUGACGAAACAUAGAUUUGUACCAAUCGCACCUUUAGCAUUCGCCGAAUUAGUUUAUUACACUCAUACCAGCAAGUCUACUUACUAUCCAGUCUAUAGUUUUGGCCGUAUGAUCUUUAGACAUGACAAUGCGCUUAUUGAAACUUACAUUCCGUAUAUGGCCACACAAUUAACAGAAGCCUUUGUAAAUGGUGACAAACGUCGAAUUCAAACAUACAUUAUGGCACUGGGCAAUUUUGGUCAUCCAAAAGUACUCUCUGUCUUUGAACCGUAUUUGGAAGGCACGUUAUCGGCAUCGAAGUUCCAACGUUUGAUGAUGGUCGUCUCGUUAAAUAAACUAAUUGAAAAUUUUCCGAGAGUUGCCAGAUCCGUUGCUUACAAGGUCUAUGUGAAUGUAAUGGAGGCUUAUGAAUUGCGCUGUGCAGCUAUCUAUGUCAUAAUGAAGACCAAUCCACCCUUAACUAUGUUGCAACGAAUGGCGGCGUUCACUAAUCAGGAUCAGGAUCGCCACGUAAAUUCUGUCGUCAAGACCAGCAUAGAUGUCCUCGCUAAUUUGAAGGAACCAGAGUUCCAAGAUCUUGCUAACAAGGCGCGUAUCGCUAGAGAGCUGUUGAAUUCCCGCAUUGACACUGAAAACUAUUCUCGAAGCAUUCCUCUGGAGAAUAUUCUCACCUCUUUAAACAUUGCCCAAAUAGGCAGUCUUCAGAUCAUUGGUAGCCAUGACUCUGAUACGUUUAAAGGUGCAUAUCUUGAUAUACAGCAAUCCUACGGCGACUUUAAAUUACCUCCAUUAAGACUAUCAUAUGAAAUGUCCAGCGCGAAAGAAUUGUUGGAUAUGUGGAAUCACAUGCCCUGGAUGACAAUGGACAAAACAUUAACCGAGAAUAAAUUGCUUAUUGAAGAAACUAUUGAAAAGCUUGGCAUUAAGGCCGAAGAUCCGGAAGAGUUUGAAGGAAACAUCUUUGUGGACACCUUACUUGCUUCAGAACUCAUUCUCUUCGACAAUCAUACGGUUGAACACAUCACCAACGUGGUAACAGCAUGUAUUAAGUUGUCACAAAAGAUACAAACACAAGUUUCUGUUACUACAAACAUGAAUCAUAUGCAAUAUUACGAUAUGACGCUGGCUUUUCCGAGUGAAAGCGGCCUGCCGUUUAUCUAUACUUUAACAAUACCAAAAUUAAUGAGAGUUAGUAGUGAUCUUCCCAAAAUCGCAAUGUCAGAAACUGAGAAAUUCAUAGAACUGGCAGCAGGAGGCUAUAUAAUGGAAGAUGAAAAGAUUCAGAGCAGAAUUGGUUUUGUAACGCCAUUCGAGCACAAGCACUAUAUUGCUGGUAUUGAUAUCCACACGCAAUUUUUUAUACCAGGUGGUUUAAGUAUAGAUUUAAAUAAAACUGAAGGAGAAAAAGUUAAGCUGAACAUAUACCCACGUGAAUAUUAUAAAUAUGGCACUGGGCAUACUUUUAUUCAUCAUAGCGUUGUUCCUUAUACCGCUAAAGACAAUAUUCUAGAUUUUCAAUCUGUUUUCAACAAAAUUGGUCUUGACACACUCUUGGUGCACACAAAGGAACCGCAUAAAAUGGAAUUCCCGCUAGGUAAUGUGAUGCUCGAGCUAAAAGGUGAUCUUAUUGAUAGCGGAGCGUCGGUGAGAGUGGGAUAUGAAACUCUUAAACGUAUUUACAAAUUUUGUUAUAAUCCUGGCGCCCAUUACAGGGAAAUAAACGCAAUCAUAUAUUUUGAGUCUAUACAAGUAAAUGCAACUUAUGGAUAUUCUAGUUUAUUAGAGAACGUUGUUAUGUCAGAAGCAAAGAUUCCUAAAAUAAUUGACAAACGACCAGAGAGCGAGCAGAGAAUAGAUCAACUCGGGGAGGAAAUCACCAAAAGUUUGACUACUGGUGAUAUUCAUACUUUUGACAUAAGUGUUUCUGAUAUGAAUAGUAUACAUGUUCUCUCUCUUCUUUAUGCAUAUAGUAUUGUAGAAAAUAAGGCGCAGGCUCUUUUAUAUUAUAAUGUUCAAUCGCAAGACGAAGAAGUUUACCUGGAAUUUUGCACUGUCGGAUAUAUGAAAUCACAGAGAAUGUCUCUAAACUUUGAGAACGCAAUCGAACAGAUACCGAAUGAUGAAUUUAAAGUUGAGAUGCGAUUUGGAAAUUGUUCAAACGGAGCGAUGGUUAGACUCGAAGGUAAUUGGACUCGCACUGACGAUGUUAAAAACACGGCAAUGAAAUCGAAUAUAACUAAGAGGUGUCGACAAGAAAUAAAACAAGGCAACAUUUUGCUACCAGCUUGUCAGAAAGCUAACAAAUUAAUCAAUCAAAAAGAUCUUCUGAUGACGUCAAUCGAUACGGACUCGAAUCGUUUAUAUGCGAUUGCCAACAGAUUAAUUCUUGGGAUCCAGACGUUGGUUUCCCAAGAAAAUAAUGAAAAUUUAGAAACGUUGAACUUCGGCAACACUAAUGAAAAUACUGUUGACAUGGAGAUAAAAAUGCUUCCCGAUAACAAUGAUGCGAAGAUCUUAUUGCGCACUUCAGAAACGGGCGUCAUAUUUUCUCUCAGAGACAUGCUAGGGCAUGAUACCAAUAUCUCAAUGGAAAAAUUUUUCGAGGAAAAGUCAGAUGAACCUGUGUGCAUUCUCGACAAGACUCAUGUUGUUACUUUUGAUGGUGAAGUGUAUCCCUUAAAAUUAGGAAAAUGUUGGCACGUAAUGAUGACCGUUUACCCAAAACGAGAUCCCUAUAAUCACAAUAAAACUUUAAGAAUUCCGUCUGAGAUGAGGGUGAUUGUAAUGGUUCGAGAAAUGGACGACAACAGCAAACAGAUCCGAAUGAUCUGGGGUAAUCAAGAAAUUUAUCUCCAGAAAUCAGGUGAUCGUUUCGAAGGUAUAAUUGACGGUCGACAAGUUAGUUUAUCGCAUUAUAAUCGCCAGAUAUCAGAUGACUUGGAAAUCUAUAAUUUAAACGAAAUGAUUAUAAUUUUGUCGCAAACAUAUGGGAUUACUAUCGAGUGGGAUGGAGAACGCAUUUUACUGCAUUUAUCCUACAAAUACUUCAAUGCUGUACGCGGUCUCUGCGGCAAUUACGACAUGCAGUCACACAACGAUUUUAUUACCCGUAAGAACUGCAUCUUGACAAAGCCCGAAGAAUUUGCUGCUACAUAUGCUCUGACUGAGAAUAACUGCCAAGGACCCGCUCUGCAGAACAAACAGAAAGCCGAACAAUCCACGUGCAUUCCGAGAACGUAUCGUCCGAGCGAUGUCAUCGGUGAUGCAGAUGUGGGACGUCUUCCGGCCGCGAAAGGCAGCGACUGGGGCUAUCAUUAAGAUGACCGAUACGUUUAAAAGGAGCACAACAAUAUAAUUGAAUUAUUUUAUUAAGUUUGCAAGUGUUGUGAGCUUGCGGAAUAAAAGUAAAAUAUUUUAUUAAUUACAUAAUGAAAAAUAUUUUCCUUCAAUUUGAGCGCAAAGUUUUCGAAGCCUGUAAUAUUCUUUUUUAUGACAUAUUUUCUAUAUGUAUUUACUUAAUAUCAAUAAAUAAAUUUUUAUAUAUCUAAUAUAGUA